AUGGUUCGCAAGCGCAAAAAGCAGGAGCAGGAGGAGGAAGUUACCUGGUGUUUCUACUGCGACCGCGUGUUCAAGGACGAGCAAAACCUGAUCACGCACCAGCGCGAGCGCCACUACCGCUGCCCCGAGUGCUCCAAGAAGCUCAACACCGCAAAGGCGCUGUCGGUGCACUGCCUCAACGUGCACAAGCGCGCGCUGACCGCGGUGCCGGCGGCCCUGGAUGGGCGCGAGGACCCCGCCUGGGACAUCUUUGGCAUGGCAGGCGUGCCCAUCGGCAUGCAGCCCGGGGAGCAGCCGCCGUACAAGCCGGGGCAGAAGCCGGCCGACGGAGGCGGCGCGGGUGGGGCCACACCCGGCGCCGUGCCCGGAGGCGCGGCACCUGGCAUGGCGCCCCCCGGCAUGAUGCCUGGGAUGGCGCCACCGCACAUGAUGGGCCACCCGGGCAUGCAAGGCGGCUUCCACGGGCCCCCAGGCUACCCUCCCUAUGGUAUGCCGCCGCCGGGCAUGCACCCGUACGGCAUGCCCCACCCGGGGAUGCACCCUUACGGCAUGCGCCCGCCCCCACACAUGAUGCCGCCGCCCGGCAUGCCGCCACCGGGGUACAGGCCCGGCAUGCCGCCGCACGGCAUGCCGCCGCACGGCGCCCCCGGCGGGCCGCUGUUCCCGGCCGCGGGCGGCCCGCCGGCGCCGGGAGGCGCGCUGUUCCCCGCCGCCGCCGGCGCGGGCGCGGCCCCGCCGGCGGCAGCCGGGGCCGCCGCCGGCACGGAUGGCCUGGUGUGGACGAACGAGCAGUGCAGCCAGGAAGAGCGGCGCGCGUCGCUGCCCAAGUAUGCGGCCGCUGCAGCCAAGCCCGCUGCGGCGGCGGCCCCGCAGCCCGGUGGCCCGCCGGCGCCCGCCCCGGGCCAGGCACCGCCGCCGCAGCAGCAGCCGCAGUUCAUGGGUGCGCCCUCUGGGCCUCCUGCGGGGGCGCCCCCACCAAGCAUGGGACGGCCGCCGCCGCCGAUGCAGGCGGCGCAGCAGCCCGGCAUGAGCGGCCCGCCGCCCAUGCAGGGCUUUGUGCGCCCAAUGGGCCAGCCGCCCGGCCCACCGCCUGGCAGCAUGCCGCCGCCGCAGCACGCGCCACAGCACCCGGGCAUGGGCGGCACGCCGCCGGGCAUGCCGCAUCCGGGCCAGCAGGCGGCGCCGCCCGGGGGCAUGCCGCCGCCCAUGGGCCCGCCGCCGGGCAUGCCGCCGCUGCAGCAGCAGGCGCCGCCGCCAGGAGCAAUGUACCAGGGCCAGCCGCCGCAGCAGCAACACCAGCACCUGAUGGGAGGCCCGCCACAGCAUCAGCAGCACAUGAUGGGAGGGCUGCCGGCGCCUGGGCACCAGCAGAUGGGCAUGCGGCCUCCCGGGAUGCCCGGCUUUGCGCCGGCGGGGCCGCCAGCGGGCACGCCGCCGCCCUCCUGA